CUAUUCUUCCCUUUUUCACUAAUCUUCCCUUUUUAUUUUUUGUUUUUUUUUCCUUUUUCACUUUUCCUUAAUCUCUAUUUAUAAAACCAUCUCUUGUCAAAUUCACAGAAAUUCUCAGACCUUCACAAACCGAUCCGACACCUCUGACCUAACCCGACCCGAAGUAUCUGGCCGGUGAAAAAAUAGAAUGGAGGUGCAAAGCAGCAACAACAAUGGCGGCGGUGAUCAUUCUUCUUUCUCCAGUCUUCGUGUUUACCUUAACUCUCUUUCCGCGACGCCUUCUCGCUUAUCCCGCCGUGCUGUUUCUGUCUCGACGUCUGCCGACGAGAUGAGCCGCGUACGUGCCGUCCCCGGCGAGGAGAUGCGCCGUACUCUCCGGUGGUAUGAUCUCAUUGGACUCGGAAUCGGAGGAAUGGUCGGCGCCGGUGUCUUUGUAACCACCGGACGUGCCAGUCGCCUCUUCGCUGGUCCUUCAAUCGUCGUUUCUUACGCCAUCGCCGGAAUCUGUGCUCUACUCUCCGCUUUCUGUUACACUGAAUUCGCCGUACAUCUCCCCGUCGCCGGCGGCGCCUUCAGCUACAUCCGUGUCACAUUCGGUGAGUUCCCUGCAUUUUUCACCGGAGCGAAUCUAAUAAUGGAGUACGUAAUGUCAAACGCGGCCGUUUCAAGGAGCUUCACAGCAUAUCUAGGAACAGCGUUUGGGAUCUCAACUGCCAAGUGGAGAUUCGUGGUGUCGGGUCUACCGAAAGGAUUCAACGAGAUCGACCCAGUGGCAGCAGUGGUAGUGGUGGCAAUCACGGUCAUCAUCUGUUGCGGAACAAGAGAGAGCUCGAAGGUGAACAUGAUAAUGACUGCAUUUCACAUCGCAUUCAUACUCUUCGUUGUCGUGAUGGGAUUCGUAAAAGGAGACUCGAAGAACCUUUCCGUACCGUCGAAUCCGGAGCAUCCGUCGGGGUUCUUCCCGUUCGGGGCGGCGGGAGUGUUCAACGGAGCGGCCAUGGUGUAUUUGAGCUACAUAGGAUACGACGCGGUAUCGACAAUGGCGGAGGAAGUAAAAUACCCGGAGAAAGACAUACCGGUGGGUGUGUCAGGGUCGGUGGCAAUCGUAACCGUCCUUUACUGUCUCAUGGCAGUGUCGAUGUCAAUGCUUCUCCCAUACGAUCUGAUAGAUGCGGAGGCGCCGUUUUCAGCGGCGUUCAGAGGAUCGAACGGAUGGGAAUGGGUGACGAAAGUGGUGGGGAUAGGAGCAAGCUUUGGGAUAUUAACAUCACUAUUGGUGGCGAUGUUAGGUCAGGCUCGAUACAUGUGUGUCAUCGGACGGUCCAGAGUGGUCCCCUUUUGCUUCUCUAAGAUUCAUCCCAAAACAUGUACGCCAGUCAACGCCUCCACUUUUCUUGGUAUUUUCACAGCGGCUCUUGCGCUUUUCACCGACCUAAACGUCCUCCUAAACCUUGUAUCCAUUGGAACACUAUUCGUCUUCUACAUGGUCGCAAACGCUCUCAUCUUCAGACGCUACGUCCCGCUCCAACCCACCAAGCCAUGGACCACACUUUCCUUCCUCGCUCUGUUCUCCACAACAUCGCUCGUCUUCACCCUCAUUUGGAAACUUAUGCCGGAAGGCAAGCCUAAAGCUUUUAUGCUAGGCGCCAGUGCGGUGGUGGCUAUAGCCAUGGUGUUGAUAUUCCAAUGCGUGGUCCCUCAGGCGAGUAAACCCGAGUUAUGGGGAGUCCCGUUCAUGCCGUGGACCCCGUGCGUGUCGAUAUUUUUGAACAUUUUUUUGCUUGGUUCGUUGGACGCACCGUCUUACGGAAGGUUUGGGGGUUUCUCCGGUUUGAUCGUGCUCGUGUAUUUGCUUUAUGGCGUCCAUGCGAGUUCUGAUGCUGAAGCCAAUGGGUCUUUUGGUUUAGAAGAUAGACAAGUCUUAAAAGAGUUAACAGAAGUAGUGUGAUGAACUCAGCAGAGUAUAUAGGUUAUAAAUCUUUAGCCUAUGUAAUUAAACUCUCUAUUUUUUGAAAGGAGGGGGGUUUUGAAUAACUAAUGAAAGAUAAUUAAAUUAACUUU